AAAACUGAAACUUUCAGACCAAGAAGUGUUUUUUUUCUUUUCCAGUCCAACUCUGUUCUCGCAAAUCAUCACAUCUAUCCUAGUGGAACCAAUCUCUCUACCGGCGCCGGCGACCCACCAGUCUAUUUCCGGCGAACUUGACGGAAGUUGAAACCAGGCGGUACCAGUCUCUGGCCGUAAUUUUGCCGGAGACCCUCUGUUACGAGUUUUAUCACUUCCCGAUUUCUACUAACCGGAGACCCUCGGCGAACGGGAUCUGAUUUUUCCGGCUAACCGGAGAUGAAGUUUAUGGAAUUAGGGUUUCGACCUGACACAUUUUACACUGUGGAAGCUGUAAGGUCUGUGUCUUGUGAUUUGAUAAAUGAUCUUGUAAUCCAAGUCAAAUCCACAAAAUAUCUUCUUCACAAGUUUCCGAUGUUGUCCAAAUGCUUGCGUUUGAAGAACUUAGUCUCUUCGCAAUCUUUAGAAACAGAAGAAACCUCGAAAGAACAGCAAGUGAUUCAACUUGUUGAUUUCCCCGGCGAAACAGAAGCUUUUGAGCUCUGUGCUAAGUUCUGUUACGGCAUCACAAUCACUCUUUGUGCUCACAAUGUUGUUGCGGUACGUUGUGCAGCUGAGUAUCUAGGGAUGACGGAAGAAGUGGAGCUCGGCGAGACUGAGAAUCUUGUUCAAAGGCUUGAUCUUUUCUUGACUUCUUGUGUCUUCAGGAGUUGGAGAGACUCUUUUGUUACUCUUCAGACCACAAAGGUGUUACCUUUAUGGUCUGAAGAUCUUGGGAUCACAGACCGAUGCAUUGAGGCGAUUGCUAACGGUGUAACUGUCUCCCCCGGUGUGGAAUUUUCGACACAAUUGGAGACUGGUCUGUUGAGAAACCGGUCAAGGAGAAGAAGAGAUGAAAGCAUGUGUAAUGGUGGAGUGAGUAAGGCGGCAGAGAAUUUGCGGUGGUGGGGUGAAGAUUUAGCUGAUUUGGGUUUAGAUCUUUACCGCAGAACAAUGGUUGCGAUAAAAUCAUCAAACCGGAGAAUAUCUCCUCGAUUAAUCGGAAAUGCUCUUAGGAUCUAUGCAUCUAAAUGGCUACCGAGCAUCGAAGAAACCUCUGCGGAUUCAAAUCUUGUUUUGGAAUUGGUUAUUUCCCUUCUGCCAUCAGAAAAAUCUGCUGUUCCUUGCAGUUUCUUGCUUCGGCUACUGAAAAUGGCGAAUGCUAUGAAUGUUUCGCCUUCUUCGAAGAUGGAACUCGCGAUAAAAGCCGGGAAUCAACUGGAUAAGGCAACCGUUAGCGAGCUGUUGAUACCCUUACGGGAUAAGUCAGGUAUGUUAUAUGAUGUAGAUGUUGUGAGGAUGAUGGUGAAACAGUUUCUGUCUCAAAUCAGUCCUGAGAUAAGGCCAACAAGAACAAGAACUGAACAUAGAAGGUCUCAUUCUGAAGAAAGCAUUAAUUUGGAAGAGAUACAAGAGAUUAGGAGAUCUAUGUCUACUUCUUCUUCUCCUCCAUUGUUGAGUAAACUAGCAAAGCUUGUUGAUUCAUAUCUUCAAGAAAUCGCUAGAGAUGUGAACUUAACAGUUUCCAAGUUUGUUGAAUUGGCUGAAUCGAUACCUGAUGUUUCAAGGAUUUGUCAUGACGAUUUAUACAAAGCGAUUGAUACCUUUCUUCAGGUUCAUCAAAAGAUUGAGAAGAGUGAGAGAAAGAAGUUAUGCAGUAUCUUGAACUGCAAGAAACUAUCAGUAGAGGCAAGCAAGAAAGCUGCACAGAACGACCUGCUUCCAUUGAGAGUGAUCGUGCAAAUCCUCUUUGUCGAGCAAGCACGAGCCACAAUAGCUACAACUGCAAACAAUAUCACUGCGAAUGAAACAGCGGUUUUAAGGAGAAGCUUUACAACGAGAAGAGAAGAAAGAGGAGAAGAAGAAGUAGAAGAAAGAGAUGAAAUCAAACCAAUCGGAGGGUUUCAAAACACACCUUCGAGAUUUAUGGCGUUUUGUGCUAUCCCAAGACAACCUAAGAAGAUGUUAUGCAAGUUGUUGUCGAUCAGUAGGAGUUUAAGUCAACGAAUUUAAGAAGAAUUGAGGGUAUUGAGUUUUUUUUUUUUUGAAUACUGGUUUCUUGUUGCUCAAGUCAAGUUGUCUUCGUCAUACGCCCCUAUGAAUUUGUGAUUUUCAUUUGUCA